AAAAAUGGAUUUUUGUAUAGCAGUGAUGUAUUAAUAUGCUAGCCUUAAUAAAUGACCGCAUUUUAUAUUUCUUGGAAAACAUUAUUGUUGUAUUUAACCAAUUUAGAUACCGAAAAAAGAAGUUCUAUAUGAGUACGAUGCCGGAAUGGAGGAGACGUACAUGCAAUAUAUGAUAAAAUCAUUUAAGAAAACAAUUUCCGACAAUUUAUACGAUUUUAUCAUAGUUGACUGCAAUAACAAUUCGUUGCGAACAUUAAAUGAAUUUUAUUGUCACUCAAAAGACUCGGGUUUUAUGCCUUAUAUAGUUGACUUGAUUUGUGAUUUGGAGACCUGCCUGAGUCGCAACAUACAUGAACGUUCUGAGAAGGAUGUUAAGACGGUAAUCGAUAGUUGGAAGCCAACGCCGCUACAUUAUAUCAAGCUCGACGUGUCAUCCUUGCUGGAGAACCUUGUAGAGAUGGAGGAUGCGGAGGAUAUGGUUAUGGAUAAUAACAGCAAUAGUGGUGCGCCAGAUGAUUGUAGUUUAACGCAGCCACAAGCCGAUAACGAAACUGAGGAUAGCAAUAGCAACGAAGCCGCUGCUGAUACUGAAACUAGUUUUGGAUUCUUGAAGAGCAAAUGGGAAAGUGACACUACAUCGGAAAGUCUAGCUCGUUUGGAUGGUACGAAUAAGCUGAUGCAUAAACGUAAAGCGGCCACAAUGGAGGAUUUCUUGCAAGUGGACGAUUGGCAGCCGCCCAAAACCAGUACCAAUGGAAAGAAACGCGUACGCUGGGCGGAUAUCGAAGAGAAGCGUGCACAAGAAAAAAUGCGGGCAAUAGGCUUUGUUGUGGGCCAAACAGAUUGGAAACGUAUGAUGGAUCCAAAUGCCGGAAAUCGCGCUUUAAAUAAAACUAAAUAUAUUGAGCGAGUCAAUAAACGGCGAUAGCUUGCGCAAUUGCAUACGAUAAAGAUUACGAAUUAUACAUUUCCACAUAAACGCUGUUUACUCAUACAUACAUACAUACAUACGUACUAUGUAGUAUAUUAUUAAGCAUAUGUUUUGAAUGUUUGGUUAUGAUAGUAGUGGGUUUUGGCGCAUGCAUGAAUGCAAUUGCCCUUGUAUCUAUUUAUUAAGAAAAUUUACGUCAAGGAUUAAAAAAUUUUAAAACAUA